AUGCAGCCAUACUGCACAUGCCUUUUAACACGUUUUCUUUUCGUCUUUUGCUCUAUUUUAUGGAGGCUGGCUGCACUGUGUCUUACAGCCUUCUCCUACUGUUUUGAGGUUAAGUAUAGUCACGGGGCGGGGGUUGCGUCCCCAUGGCUCACGGUCCCAGUCAUCACUCCAGACACAGCAGCGUCUGCCGCCGUGGGUGGAGCCCAUGGUGACGUGGACCGGCGGCGCGCUCCCGGAAGUGACGCACUACGUCCCGUGCGUGCGGGCGGCUGCGUCGGGCUGCAGGAGAAGAUGGCGGUCUCCACAGGCUCUGCCCCUCCGCCUGCUGCUGGUGGCCGAGUGCUGUCCGGGUGGGAGAAGCCGGAGUGCGAUUUCUUGAACACUGCGCUCCCCUGGAACGAAGCCUGGACUGGGGAGGGAUCGGGUGGGACCAGCGCGGAUGCCAAGGGCCCGGGUCGACCGUCGGGGGUGGCGGGUCGUGCUCGCGCGUCGGCCGCGCGCCCGUGGUCCGGUGGCGGGGUGUCCCCUGCGCUCGCGCAGAAUCAGGGUCCUCGGGGUCGAGGAUGGAAGCUGUUGGGGGAGAGAGGAGACGAGGCCCAAGGUGGGCGGGUGUCAACCUUGGUCACUGAAGGAGUUAAAGUUCCACGUAAUUUUCGCUUGUUGGAAGAACUUGAAGAAGGACAAAAAGGAGUAGGUGAUGGCACGGUUAGCUGGGGACUUGAAGAUGAUGAAGAUAUGACACUUACAAGGUGGACAGGCAUGAUUAUUGGGCCACCAAGGACAAAUUAUGAAAACAGAAUAUAUAGCCUGAAAGUAGAAUGUGGACCUAAAUACCCAGAAGCUCCUCCAUCAGUUAGAUUUGUAACAAAAAUUAAUAUGAACGGAAUAAAUAAUUCCAGGGAAUGUUCUAGGAGGAGAGAAGAUGGUGGAUUAGAGGAAGGAUGCAAUUCCUAAGCACCAG